AUGCUACAAGAAGGUGCAAACCUGGGCCUGGUGGAUAUCAGUGCGCAAGCCCUAGACAUGGCCACAUCCGCUUUGAGGCCUUUUGUGCCGUCAGCUCCACUGGACUCGAGGAUAUUGACGAUCCUUGCGGAUGUCACAAGUGAGGAGGACGUGGAGCGGUUCACCAAGGAAACGGUGGACAAAUUUGGUCGCCUCGACUGCGCAUUUCUAAAUGCAGGAAUAAGUUAUCCGUCCACGAGUAUUUUCGAUACGACUGAAGAGAGCUACGAGAGGAUCAUGAAAGUAAAUGUCAAGUCAGCUUUCCUCGGCAUCAAACACACCGGCAAGGCUAUGCGAGAUCUCGGAAACGGAGGAAGUAUCGUCUUGACUUCCUCAAUCGCCGGGUUGAGGGGGACACCUGGCCUCAUUCUGUAUUCUGGGUCCAAAUUCGCCCUCCGCGGGCUAUCCCUGACAGCUGCCUCCGAGCUGGGCGAGCAUGGCAUCCGUGUCAACACGAUACACCCUAGUGGCGUAGAUACGCCCAUGUUUCGAGCGACUUGGAGUGAAGAAAAGCUGGAAGAACUCCGUCGGAACAUGCCAUUAGGUCGAUUUGCUGAAGUCAACGAUGUAUCUGGAGUUGUAGCCUUCCUGGCCAGUGAUGACUCAGUUCAUGACAGGCGGUUUCCUGAAAGUUGA